AUGGACCAGACUGCAGGACCAUCUCAGGAACAGAGAGGAAGGGAGUCCCCUGAGACAACCGAAGACGAAUUUGUGUUGCCACGUUUACGCGUGCGAUUUGGAGUUGAAAUUGGCAGUGAGAUAAGAAUACAUGUCAUUCCACAAUGUGUUUUCCCGAUGUUUAGAGGCCGAAAGAAAAUAUUGCAAUACAUGUUAAUAAUACGUAACUCAUUUUCAUACAGAAUACCCAGAAUUAUUCCUUGCUGAGCCCAAACGUUCUGAAUUGCAAUAUUCUGAGUUUUGAUGUUUUAGACAUAGUGAUCUAUGCUGCGUCAUUGGACCUGUGCAUGUCACUGUCGUCCCCAUUAUCAAAUAUAUCACAAUAACAAUUGCGAUCGUAAUUGUUAAGAAUACGAUUUAUCAUUAUUGUUAUUAUUAUUAUUAUUAUUAUUAUUAUUACCAUUAUUAUCAUCAUUAGGAAGAAACGUAUUCCUAUUAAUAAUUCGUGUGGUGGAGUCAGAUGCGUGGAGUGUUCUGUUAAUCGCCAAACAAGCUUUUUCUCUCUAAUUUUCUUUGCUAUAGCAGGGCGACCCGAAUUCAGACAUUCUCUCGUCGUCGUCGCAGGAGUCGUCGGUGGGGGUAAAGACGUCUCGCGAGUGGCAGCCUACUCCGCGGGUUAAGCAUCAGCUGCGGUACCUUAACAGCUAUCUAAUGAAGUCAACUGAUGGCCGAAUUAGCCCAGUCAGGUCUCAGUGCAAGUCCGAUGUUAUGCCUAUUUCAUCGUCGUCGCAACGGUACUGCCGCAAAAAAGCCAGCCAAACUGUUGAUACCGUGUUGAAUGCUAUUGCCCCGGGGAAUUCAUCGUGGCUGCUUCAGAAAACUUUCGAAAAGUAA